UUUAUUAUUAUGUCAUCAUAGACAAUUCGUGACAUCAUAAAAGUAGAUAAUUUAGUUGAUUCGGGAAUAUAAUUCGGGACUUUACGCCUGAGUGACGAUGCUCCUCUUUCUCUCACUCCUCCCACUUUUGCUCUUAGGAGGAGCAAAUGCGCAGAACAUCACGGUUCAGUGCAACGCCACUUCUAUUAGUAUUAUUGUGAAACGAUCAUACCUUCAAUCGCUGGUGGAUUUCCCUGUCCAAACUCUCAGUUAUAAAAACACCGCCGGGUUAUUCCCCGUCGAUUGUCUCGCUACUGAUGACGGAACAAAUGUCAAUUACACGACCGCCAACUUCUCCCAUUGUUCGUCAGGAAACAUGGUGUUUAGCGACCACGUGACGUACAAUUACACCGCGGUAUUGACUACGUCACAAGGAAGCGCCGUGGUGACGAGAGACGCGGUGUACGAGUUUACGUUCGGCUGUACUUACUCAACCAAGUAUAACGUUAGCACUUCCAACUUUGUGUCUGUGUUCAAACCUGAUGUCGUAGCGGGGGCAAACGGGACGGGAAACUUUGCGUCCCAGAUUUUCCUCACGAACGCCAUGGGACAACCCGUUGGUAGCAGCUUCAAGCACGGGGAUAUGAUUAAAGUGGAAAUAUCCACACCCAAUGUUGCGGGAGUGGUGCUUAAGCUGGGUAAUUGUUACACCUCACCAAGCAACAACGCAACUAACACAACGCACAAAGUUGAUCUUAUCGUAGGCGGUUGCGCACAAGCCGACACUACCGUUACGCAGAGUGUUGGAACGAUUUUGAAGUUCGGCUUUUUGGCAAAGCAAUUCGCGAGCCUUACAGUCAGCCAACAGUUUCUGUAUCUGCACUGUACUAACGAGGUUUGCUUGGCAUCGGAUAUGACCUGUCAAUCAGCGCCUUCGUGUAGUGGUCGUCGUAGAAGAAGUCUCCGCCAAGCACAAUCACAAGCUGAGUUCCGAUUAACCCACUGCGAUAAGAUAAUGAUGGGUUGCGAGGAUGAUUGUGACGUCACAGAAGACGGAAAUUCGGUUUGUUUGUGUCGUAAUAAUAAACAGCUCGGUCAAGAUGGGAAAUCAUGUGUAGCAGGCCCAGCUUCGCUUGUUGAUGUGAAACCUCCCUCACCCCCCCACAACCCACCACGCCCAUAUAACCCACCCCCCCUACAAAUCCAACACUUUAUUCCCACCCCCAAAGCCCGACCACGCCCCUCGCCCCGCCCCCACCACCGACCAAUCACAACCCUCAUUCUCAACUAUGCAGUUUACGCAGCCAUCGGUAUCUUGUGCAUUGUCUUAAUAGCAAACGUGAUUAUGUCGUGUCGUCAGCGCCAUAAGGGCCAUCGAGUUAACGAAGUGGAGAAAGAAGCUCUUAUUCAGUGAUUGUGAUGUCAUAAAUGUAAAGGAUUGUCCCGCUUGUGACGUAAUAACUAUAGGGGGCAAACUUAUGAACACAGGGGAGGCAGGGAUAGUUAGACACAAAAAUUUUACUCAAACUUUUAGCGUUUUGAUAAAUGUAAAAUUCGAGGGUACGCCUGCCCACCCUGCCACCCCAGGUUUGCCGCCUAUGAUAACUCUUGUUAUAUCUAAUUGUACUCGGAAUAAAAUUCUCUGUUGGUGA